AUGGAAGAGUUGCAAACGGAACUGGGGCAGCUCACUCUCGUUGACGAUAUGACUUACCGACCUUUACAUGAGAUGACACAGGAGAUCAUUAGCUGGAUUGAGCGGAGGAAAAAUACCUUAGAAAAGCAAGAAUUUCAGCAUUACUUCUCAUGUUGGACUGGUGAUAAGGCUUUAAGAGAGCUCCAAGAAGCUAACAUUUCACAACAGUGCUUUCCAAUCCUGCAAAAAUGUGCCACAAAGGCAAUCAAAGCUGCUUCAGAAGCAGAGCCAGAAGUAGCUCAUUUAAGUGGCCUGUCGGCAACAACCCUGGAAGGGUUGUUCUCUUCGCUUAGUUACUUCUUCUCUGGAAAUGGGCAGCAUAUGUUAGAUUAUCAGCUUGCAUUGCGAAGAUAUGUCAAACGAGAUGUUGGCAAUGCUGCUGGGGGCUGGACAUAUACUCUGAGUUUGUGGUGCUUGAAUCCAGCUGUUGUUUUCAGAGACAUUGCUGAUCUUUCUCUGUCAGUGAUUCUAACAUCAGGGACAUUAUCACCGAUGAACUCCUUCUCCUCUGAACUGGGUGUUCAGUUUGGAACUUUUCUGGAAGCUCCACAUGUUAUAGAUGUUGAGUCGCAGCUUUGGGCUGCUGUAAUCUCCAGUGGUCAUGGUAAUUAUCCAUUAAAUGCAAGUUACAAGACAGCUGAUGGAUAUGCUUUCCAGGAUGCACUCGGCAUAUCUAUAGAAGAAAUUUGUAAGUUAGUUCCCGGUGGCUGUCUAGUAUUCUUUCCCAGCUAUAAGUUGAUGGAGAAACUGGGCACUCGUUGGCGAGAAACAGGUCAAUGGGCUCGACUAAAUGCACAAAAAUCCCUCUUUGUUGAGCCAAGAGGAGGAAGCCAGGAUGAUUUUGAUUCUGUUUUGAAGGGUUAUUACAAUUCACUUCGUCAAGGCAACAAACCUGUCAUAUGCAGAAAAAGAAGGGGUAAAAAGUCAGAUCUUAAUAACCAAAAUGCUACCGAAUGCACAGGAAAAUCUAAGAAAGAAGGAGCUGCUUUCCUUGCAGUUUGUCGAGGAAAGGUUUCAGAAGGAAUUGAUUUCUCUGAUGAUAAUGCCCGAGUAGUUGUAUCCUUUUCUAUCUUCUUAGUUUUGGGUGCAACUUCAGUCUGUUGA